ACUUCACAGAAAAAAAGACAAAUGUGCGAGAUAUCAUGGAACCCAUUGAUAUCACUGAUAUGCUUUCGAUUCAAAAACUAGCAAGCGAUUUGAUUUUAUGAAGAGUGUGCGGCAGUUAUCAGGCGAUCAUGAGGGCAUUGACAUUCUUUUGGUUAAUAAUUUUUGUAUUUUGCUACAACAAACUUUUUACAAAUGGCUAUAUCGUAGUUGGUGAAAACAAUGCAGAGCAAUAUAAAAAUGCGGAAAAAAGAAAAAUACUAAAAACCUUAGCAAAUUUUAUCUGGAGUCCAUGGGAAAAGUACUCUACCCCCAUGCCAUGGGACACUACGAAAAUAAAACCCUGGGAAAAUUAUACUUGGAGUCCAUGGGAAAACUUCACAACUUCGAUGCCUUGGGACAACACGACUUUCAACCCCUGGGAUAACUAUACUUGGAAUCCAUGGGAAAACUACUCUACUCUCAUGCCUUGGGUGAAUACGACCUUAAAACACAGGGAGAAUAUCACUUGGAGUCCAUGGGAAAACUUCACAACUUCGAGGCCUUGGGACAACACGACUUUCAAACCCUGGCAGAACUAUACUUGGAAUCCAUGGGAAAACUUCACAACUUCGAUGCCUUGGGUUAAUGCGACCUCAAAACCCUGGGAGAAUUACACUUGGAGUCCAUGGGAAAACUUUACAACAUUGAUGCCUUGGGUUAAUACGACCCUAAAACCCUGGGAUAAUUAUACUUGGAGUCCAUGGGAAAACUUCACAACUUCGAUGCCUUGGGUUAAUACGACCCCAAAACCCUGGGAGAAUUACACUUGGAGUCCAUGGGAAAAUUUCACAACUUCGAUGCCUUCGGUUAAUACGACCUUAAAACCCUGGGAGAAUUAUACUGGGAGUCCAUGGGAAAACUUCUCCACUCCCAUGCCAUGGAUGAAUAUUACCACAAAGCCCUGGGAGAACUUUACCUGGAGUCCAUGGGAAAACUUCUCCACUCCGAUGCCGUGGAUGAACAUGACCACAAAAGCCUGGGAGAACUUUACCUGGAGUCCAUGGGAGAACUUUUCCACUCCGAUGCCGUGGAUGAACAUGACCACAAAAGCCUGGGAGAACUUUACCUGGAGUCCAUGGGAGAACUUUUCCACUCCGAUGCCGUGGAUGAACAUGACCACAAAGCCCUGGGGGAACUUUACCUGGAGUGCAUGGGAUAACAUUUCCACUUCUAUGCCUUGGAUGAACAUGACCACAAAGCCCUGGGAGAAUUUUACCUGGAGUUCAUGGGAAAACUUCUCCACUCCCAUGCCGUGGAUGAAUAUAACGUCAAAACCCUGGGCGAACUUUACCUGGCGUCCAUGGCAGAACUACUCCUCUCCGAUAUCUCGGGGCAAUUUUACAUUAAAAUCUUUUGAGAAUUGA